AUGAACGCGGAAACAGACCUCGCGGAAACACAAGAACAACGCGCCGCGAGAGUGGAAGCAGCCCUGGCGGCGGCUCAGGCGCAGCUCGCAGCGUUAAAUGUAGGGCGUAUAGACUCUUACCGUACCCCGAAAAUACCCGGAUUUUUCCGCGAUGAUCCAGCGCUCUGGUUCUAUCAAGUGGAAGCGUCAUUCCGGACCGCGCGCGUGACGGAUGAACGCACCAAGGCGGACUCAAUAGUCGCCGCGUUAGAUUCCGAAAUCAUAGCGAGUUUCCGCGAUCUUAUCACGAAUUCGUCCUUAGAAAACCCGUAUACGCAAAUAAAGGAACGAGUUCUGGCGACAUACUCCGCGUCAUCGGAAAGCCGAUUGCGCAAAUUGCUGCUGGGGCAGGUCCUAACCGACGGGAAACCAACCCAAAUCCUAAUACGCUUGCGAAGCCUCGACGACGGACGGUGCGGCGAACAUGUCAUUAGAUCUAUAUUUAUGGAUCAAUUGCCGGCACAGUGUCGAGCGAUUCUCGCGGCCGCGAAAAUGCCCGACCUAGCGGAGGUCGCGGAGUUAGCGGAUAAGAUCAUCGAGGCUAUGAGCGGGGGAGCGAAUUACGCGGCACCCGUGUCCAACGCGCCGGCACGGACGUUAGAGGCGAAAGUGGACAAGCUCGCGGCCGAUCUCGCGAAACUGUCAAGCGACGUGGAACGCCUCGUAAAAGACUCGAGGUACCGUGGGCGCACGCGAACGCCGAGCCAGACAAAUCGCAACGUGAAACGAGGUAAUGCGGAAUCGAGCGAAUUAUGCUGGGCGCACAGAAGGUUCGGGUCGGACGCGCGGGUGUGCAAGGGGAAUUGUAGCUGGAAGGAAAAAGCGGAUCAGGGAAACUGA